AUGUCCUCGCCAAGCCACAGCGUCUUCCUCCCUACUGAAAUCGUAUUCCUUGUCGCGGAAUUCUUUGACCACAUCGGCGAGGAUGACUCCUCCCAGGAGUCUCUUAACGCAAGACAACGAGCUUUCUAUAAUUUCUGCCUGGUAUCUUCACAAUGGUACUCCGUCGGAGUCGGCUUUCUAUACCAGCGUCCAUCAUUCCCCGGCGGCAAUGGGUUUACCAAGUUCGCCCACACCCUGUGCCCGCCUCGAGGUAUCAAAAGAAAGGCAAACUUUGGAUCCAUGGUGAAGGUACUAUCUUUGGCGAGCUUGGUCCAUCACAGUAUGAACAGUCUCACGGCACGCCUAUUGGGGCAGAUGAAGGAGAACCUCGAAGUCUUCAUUGCGCCUCGGGUUUCCUUCUCGGUUAACAGCCUCCCGGCGCUAUCAAAAUGCCACAAUCUUCUAGAACUCAAUUUGAGUCUCGUUAGUGGACAUGUGAUUCCAUUCCACCGCUUGAAGAAAACCAUCAGCAGUUUGCCCAAGCUCGGGAAACUAGAGCUUCCUGCUUCAAUGUCUCUUACACACACGGACAAAUCUGCUGGCCAGUGGCCACCUCAGCUCCGAAGCUUGAAGAUUGGCGGAACCCUUGAUCCCAGGGUGAUGAGUACAUUUGAGUGGCCCCCGUCCAUUACAGAGCUAUCUAUCUGGAAGUGCACAAACCUCACUGCAGUCGUCCUAUACAGCGUUCUCGAAAACGAACAGCUUCGUGACCGCCUCGAAUCUCUGGACUUGGACAAUACCAAUGAGGAGAUGUGCACUGAUCAGGCAAGCGAUUCCCUGUAUUGGUUGCCGAAACUUAUCUACCUUAAAAUGCCGGUAGAUGUCACCAAGGAUCUUCUGCUUUUACCGCCGCCUGAAGGGCUCCCAAGUCUACCACUUCGAGCGCUCGAGUUAACGAGGCCAUACUUCGAUGAAGAACCCCUUGGAUUCGACCUCCUGGAUGAGCUGCUUAAGGCCUUCACACAGAACCUGCCCAACCUAUGGGCCUUGGGCAUCAGCAAAAAGUGCGUGCAUUUGGUCAAAGGGCGAGAGGAGGAGCUUGACGAGGAAAUUUGGAAACACAUUGACGAGGGUGAUGAUGACGAGCUUGAGAAGCUAGAGGACUUGGGGCUUUACAUCCUGAAUGACAACUUAUGA